AUGCCUCAUCACUAUCUUUUUCAUUUUAUUUUCACUUUCACUGAUUGGCUCAUUUGUCUUUUUCUUCUUUUUCUAAUUACAGCCUUCUUCUUCUUCUUCUUCUUCUUCUUCUUCUUCUUCUUCUCCUUUUCUUUCUCUUCUUCACUUACUUUUUCUUCAAUUUUUUGGUUUUCUUCAUCAUAUUUAUUCUUCUCUUCCUCCUAUUCCCUUCCCGCCAUGCUCGUCACGAAGAAGUCACGGCAGCCGCCAUUUUGCAGCAACCGAUUUCUUCAUGUACGCCAACGAUCUGCUGUCGCUGGCAUAGCCAGACGGAUAUGCCGAGACACAUUAGCGACAUCAAGGGUUUGGAGAAAGAUGUCUGCUAAACCUUUUCUGGUGGAAUAUGAUGUGGUUGAGGGUGGUCAACCUGUAUUAGGUGGUCAUAUUAUGAAAAAACUCCAUGAGCCGUCAAAAUGA